AACCAGAGAAAGAAAUAACAACAUUUCAGUCUAAAUUUGUUUUUGAAACAAAAAUUAGAAGAAGAAGAAGAAGAAGAGAAAAGAAGAAGAUAAGAGAAACAAAGAGAGGAGAAAGAGAGAGACAGAGAAAGGGAAUGAAAGAUGAUGUGUAAUGAAAGAGAUUUUAUUAAUAAGUAGAGAAAGAGAAGGAAGAAAAGUUUAGUUUUUGUUGGCAAUUGAAAUCGCAACAGUUGGAUACAGCAUUUUCGACAAUCAACUUUAUUCUUGUGUAUUUUGCAGCUUUAAUGCAGUCUGUUUGUUUCCCUGUAUAUUAAUACAAAUUAUCUUCUUCUUCUUCUUCUUCUUCUAUUAUCAUCAUCACUUUCAUCAUCAUUGUCAUUAACAUCUUCAUCAUCAACAACAACAAUCAACAGUAAGAUUACAUUACAAAUCAAAAAGUAAACUCUUACAGUGAAUAAGACUAGAGUCGCCUGCUUUUUACAUGUGAAUAGACAAAGAUUACUCAUAAGUUAACCUCUCUUUUCACCUUUUACUGGAUUCAAAUUUCAACGGUUUUUUUCUACUGGAUUUACUUGGCUAUCUGAUUGGAUCCUAAGGAUUAAAAUUAGUGUGAUGUUAAUUUAAACAUUUAGUGUGACAAUUUGUUCUCAAAAAAAACAGCUUCUCUUGUUUGGAUUUUUGACUCUGUUCUGUUGCCACUUGCUUUACAUACAAACAUACCCAAAUAGACUCUUAACCUUGUGUAGACAGUGUCAUUAUUUCAUCUCACCAAUCAUUAAUUAAUCUCAUCAUAUUUUAACCCUUUUUAGGAGUUAAUGUUAAACGACUCCAUGCAUCCUGAUCCUUGUGAUACCAAUUUACAGGCUGAAUAUGGCCUGACCCAGGAACAGAUAGCUGAAUUUCAGGAGGCCUUUAGACUGUUUGAUAAAGAUUGCGAUGGACGAAUCACUUCAACUGAAUUGGGUAUUGUUAUGAGAUCUUUGGGUCAACGAGCAACAGAAACUGAGCUCAAAAAUAUGGUCACUCUUGUUGACCAAGAUGGAAAUGGAACUAUUGAAUUCAAUGAAUUUCUUCACAUGAUGUCUCGUAAAAUGAAGGAAACAGAUAAAGAAGAGGAACUUCGAGAAGCUUUUAGAGUAUUUGACAGGAAUGGUGAUGGUUUUAUCAACGCUGCUGAGUUAAGGCACGUUAUGACCAAUUUAGGGGAAAAAUUGACCGACGAAGAGGUUGAAGAUAUGAUUAAAGAGGCUGAUCUGGAUGGCGAUGGUUUGGUCAAUUAUGAUGGUAAGAAAAAGAGUUCAUUUAAUCAGAACCAUUCAAUAUUAUUUGACUGAAUUCAUUACCAUUGAAUAGACUCUCAAGAGUUUGUUAAUGUUUUGAUGGCACCUAAAUGAUCAAUCUAGAGAUAUUAAGGAAUCAAAUAUUCAUCAAACUUGGAAUUAAUAAAUUACUUUGAAACAAACGAUGAGACAUAAAAGCCUUUGGAAAAAAUCAAAAAAUGAAUCGCAUCAUGACCUUUUUUUUGUUGUUGUUCAUCUCAUUACAUUCAAUACCAAGAAGUGAAGCAAAACAGAUACACAUUCACAUUCAUUUUAAAACCCAUUGAAAAAAAUGACUAUUAAUAUGUAAUAAUUAAUAAAAUUAAAUAUGAAAAUUGAAAAUAAAUCAAAAGUAAAUUUGAGCAAAAAAAAAAUUUAAAAUUGGUAAAAAAAGUAAACUAAGAUUUGCUAAUGCAAAGCUUUGAAGAGCAAAAAUAAUUUAUGAAAGGAGAAUUGUAAUUAAAAUUAAAUUGUUGCAUAAUAAAUAAUAAUAAAAGAUGAAAAUUAAAAAUUCAAA